AUGGUGGGUGAAGGCCCUUACCUCAUCUCCGACCUGGACCGCCGAGGCCGGCGGAGAUCCUUUGCAGAGAGAUACGACCCCAGCUUGAAAACCAUGAUUCCGGUGAGACCCUAUGCCAGGUUGGCAUCCAACCCCAUGGACGACGCGGGGCUGCUCUCCUUUGCCACGUUCUCCUGGCUCACACCGGUGAUGGUGAGAGGUUACAAGCAGGCGCUGACUGUAGACACGCUGCCCCCACUGUCCCCAUAUGACUCGUCCGACACCAACGCCAAAAGGUUGCGGAGCCUCUGGGACCAGGAGGUGGAACGGGUGGGCCCUGAGAAGGCCUCUCUGGGCCGAGUGGUCUGGCGGUUCCAGAGGACCCGGGUUCUGAUGGACACUGUGGCCAACAUCCUCUGCAUCGUCAUGGCAGCCAUGGGGCCGACGGUCCUCAUUCACCAAAUCCUCCAGCAGACCCAGAGCGUCCCCAAGAAUGUCUGGGUGGGCACUGGCCUGUGCGUAGCCCUUUUUGCCACCGAGUUCACCAAAGUCCUCUUUUGGGCCCUUGCCUGGGCCAUCAAUUACCGCACGGCGAUCCGGCUGAAGGUGGCCAUCUCCACGCUGGUGUUCGAAAACCUUGUGUCCUUCAAGACGCUGACACACAUCUCUGUGGGCGAGGUGCUCAAUGUUCUGUCAAGUGAUAGCUAUUCCUUGUUUGAAGCUGCCUUGUUUUGUCCCUUGCCAGCCACCAUCCCCAUCCUCAUGGUUGUUUGCGCGGUGUACGCCUUUUUCAUUCUGGGGCCCACGGCUCUCAUCGGGGUGUCCGUGUACCUCGUGUUCAUCCCCAUCCAGAUGUUUAUGGCAAAGCUCAAUUCGGCUUUCCGAAGGUCAGCCGUGUCGGUGACGGACAAGCGGAUCCAGACAAUGAACGAGCUUGUGGCCUGCAUCAAGCUGGUCAAGAUGUACGCCUGGGAGAAGUCUUUCACCAAGUCCAUCCGAGAUAUAAGGAAGAGGGAAAGGAAGUUGCUGGAGAAAGCAGGCUUUGUUCAGAGCGGAAACUCGGCCCUGGCCCCCAUCGCGUCCACCAUCGCCAUUGUGUCCACGUUCACUUGCCACAUCCUGCUGAGACGCAAGCUCACAGCCCCGGUGGCCUUCAGCGUGAUCGCCAUGUUCAACAUCAUGAAGUUCUCCAUCGCCAUCCUGCCCUUCUCCGUCAAGGCGGCGGCCGAGGCCAGCGUCUCCCUGAGGAGGAUGAAGAGAAUCCUCGCCGCUCGAAGCCCCUCGCCUUACAUCACCCAGCCGGAAGGCCCAGACACUGUCUUGCUCCUAGCAAGUGCCACCUUGGCAUGGCAGCAGGGCGCCGGCAGGACGGGCAGCCCGAAGGACGGGGAGAGCCGGCGGAAGGGCCUUCUCCUGCCGCGCAGGGGGGCGGCGUACCGUCUGAGCGCGCCCGCCGAGGGCGCCCCGGGCCCCGAGCAGGACCACGGGAGCGGCGGCAGGACUGCUCUGCACAAUAUAAGCUUUGUGGUGAGAAAGGGGAAGGUCUUGGGGAUCUGCGGCAACGUCGGAAGCGGGAAGAGCUCCCUCAUCGCGGCUCUCCUGGGACAGAUGCAGCUGCAGCAAGGGGUGGUGGCGGUCAGCGGGACCCUGGCCUACGUGUCCCAGCAGGCAUGGAUCUUCCACGGGAGUGUGAGAGAGAACAUACUGUUUGGAGCCAAGUACGACCAGCAGAGGUACCAGCACACGGUCCGGGUCUGUGCGCUCCAGGAGGACCUGAGAAGCCUUCCUUACGGGGACCUGACCGAGAUCGGGGAGCGGGGCCUCAACCUCUCCGGGGGGCAGAAGCAGAGGAUCAGCCUGGCCCGCGCCGUCUACUCGGACCACGAGGUCUACCUGCUGGACGACCCCCUGUCGGCCGUGGACGCCCACGUGGGGAAGCACAUCUUCGAGGAGUGCAUUCAGAAGACGCUCAGGGGGAAGACGGUGGUCCUGGUGACCCACCAGCUGCAGUUCCUGGAGUCCUGUGACGAGGUCAUUUUGUUGGAGGAUGGAGAGAUCUGUGAGAAGGGGACCCACAGGGAGUUAAUGGAGAAGAGAGGGUGCUAUGCCAAGCUGGUCCACAACCUCCAGGGCCUCCAGUUCAAGGACCCCGAGCACAUUUACAACACAGCGAUGGGGGAGGCCCUGAGAGAGGGCCCUUUGGACCGAGACGAGGGUGCAGGUACAGCCCAGACCUCGCUGUUUCUCACCCUAGUUUCGACUCCGGGAGAUGAGAAAGAGGAAGGGAAGGAACCGGACACAGACGCCGAGUUCAAAGACGUCCAAGCUCCUCUGCACCAGCUCGUCCAGCCGGAGUCCCCCCGGGAAGGCGUGGUGACCUGCAGGACCUAUCACACCUACAUUCAGGCGGCUGGAGGCUACCUCCUGUCGCUCUUCACCGUGACCCUCUUCCUCUUCAUGAUCGGCAGCUCUGCCUUCAGCAACUGGUGGCUGGGUUUCUGGUUCGACAAGGGCUCCCAGGUGACCUGCGGGACCCCGGACAACAGGAGCGUGUGCGAGAUCGGCGCGGCGCUGGCGGACACCGGGCAGGGCGUGUACCAGUGGGUGUACGCAGGCAGCAUGGUGUCUGUGCUGGCGUUUGCCAUCACCAAAGGCUUCGUCUUCACCAAGACCACCCUGAUGGCGUCCUCCUCCCUGCACGACCAGGUGUUUGACAAGAUCCUCAAGAGCCCGAUGAGCUUCUUUGACAUGACGCCCGCCGGCAGGCUCAUGAACCAGUUUUCCAAGGACAUGGACGAGCUGGACAUGAGGCUGCCCUUCCACACGGAGAACUUCCUGCAGCAGCUCCUCAUGGUGCUGUCCAUCCUCCUGACGCUGGCGCUGGUGUUCCCCGCGGUCCUGCUCGUCCUGGCUGGCAUGGCUGUGGGCUUCCUGGUCCUCUUACGCAUCUUCCACAGAGGAAUCCAGGAGCUCAAGAAGGUGGAGAACAUCAGCCGCUCACCCUGGUUCUCCCACAUCACCUCGUCCGUACAGGGCCUGGGCGUCAUCCACGCCUACGACAGGAAGGAGGACUGUGUCCACAGCCACCUCCUGUAUUUUAACUGCGCUCUGAGGUGGUUUGCCCUGAGAAUGGACGUCCUCAUGAACAUGGUCACCUUCAUCGUGGCCUUGCUGGUGACCCUGAGUUUCGUCUCGAUCAGCGCUUCCUCCAAAGGCUUGUCAUUGUCCUACAUUAUCCAGCUCAGCGGGCUGCUGCAGGUGUGCGUGCGGACAGGAACGGAGACCCAGGCCAAGUUCACCUCCGUGGAGCUGCUCAGGGGGUACAUUUCGACCUGUGUCCCCGAAUGCACUCAGCCGCUCAAAGCGGGGCCCUGUCCCCAGGACUGGCCCAGCCGUGGGGAGAUCACAUUCAGAGACUACCGGAUGAGAUACAGGGACAACACUCCCCUCGUGCUCGACGGGCUGAACGUGAACAUCCCGAGCGGGCAGACGGUCGGGAUCGUGGGAAGGACGGGCUCUGGCAAGUCGUCGCUGGGAAUGGCCCUGUUCCGCCUGGUGGAGCCCGCCGGCGGCACCAUCCUCAUUGACGACGUGGACAUCUGCACGAUCGGCCUGGAGGACCUCAGAGCCAAGCUGACUGUGAUCCCCCAGGACCCUGUCCUGUUUGUAGGUACAGUAAGGUACAACUUGGACCCCUUCGAGAGCCACACGGAUGAGAUGCUCUGGCGGGCUCUGGAGAGAACGUGCAUGAGAGACACAAUAAUGAAGCUCCCAGAGAAACUGCAAGCCGAAGUGGCAGAGAACGGGGAGAACUUCUCGGUGGGGGAGCGGCAGCUGCUCUGCAUGGCCCGGGCCCUGCUCCGCGAUUCGAAAAUCAUUCUCCUUGAUGAAGCCACUGCCUCCAUGGACCCCAAGACUGACAGCCUUGUUCAGAGAACCAUCAAAGAUGCCUUCGAAGGCUGCACAGUGCUGACCAUCGCCCACCGCCUCAACACGGUCCUGAACUGCGACCUCGUCCUGGUCAUGGAAAAUGGGAAGGUGGUUGAGUUCGACAAGCCCGAAGUCCUUGCUGAGAAGCCAGACUCUGCGUUUGCGAUGUUACUAGCAGCAGAAAACAAAGUUCGAUUAUAA